GCACAGGAAGAAGAUGCGGGUCAGCAGGACGACACUUUGCGAUGAUUACGGUUCAUUUUCGACAUGUGCUGACGGGUUAAUGGUCUCCUGCGUGCAGUGAGAAGGAGCUGCAUUGACGCGCGGCCGGCUCGCCGCCCCGUUGAGAUGCUGCCGAGGAAACGAUGAGGAAAAACACCGUAACCCCUGGGUGUGUUUACUUCUGCUAACUACAGCACGGCUCGGAUGUAGCUGUGCGUUCACCUCGACUGCAUCGGGUUCACAGGUGAAAUGUUAGUUACUGUUCAAUAACAUCUGAACACAUGAGGACAGUAAGAGGCACUGCAGGCUGCUUGCAUGACAGACGGCCACCUCUUCAUCAUCAUCGCACUCAGCCUGACUCAGGUCUGCCAUCCGUCACACCAGGGGCUGUCCAAUGCCGAAUACAUCAGAAGGCCAAGGGUCAAGUGUAUCUGGGACAGGGGAGCCAUCAGCGCAGAGGCCCAAGGAUGGGGAGGAGGAGCGCGGCCUCAUCAGCACCCUCGCCCGGGACGCUGCCAGAGCGCGGCGGGCGUCCAGUGCCGAGCUGCACCUGCCGUGGACCUGCCCGGUCACCCACUCCCGUGAGAAGUUCUACACCGUCUGCUCCGAUUACGCCCUCCUCAACCAGGCUGCUUCCGUGUACUGUCCCCCGAGCGCAGCCAGGGACGCGGGGCCCAAAAAGCAGGACGACGGGCCGCCCCUUCUGAAGCCCAAAUCCUCAUCCGACUUCGGCGCUGGUCAAACCAGGGGCGCUCAUGUGGGGUCGGACGGGGACUGUGACAUGGAGGAGGUGUCCUCCGGGCACGCCAAGCCCAUCCUGGCCUGGGAGAUUGACACGACAGACUUCAAUGCCGUGCUUACAAGAAAAAUCCGAACGAGCAACGGGAAGAAAUGCAGCAGCAAGAAGAUGAAGUCAUUAGACAGACCCAGCAGGAAUCUACAAGACGUCUCUCCUCAUGCCUCCCUGGAGGACAUCAAACAGAGAAAAGUUCUAGACCUCAGAAGAUGGUACUGCAUCAGUCGGCCACAGUACAAGACUUCAUGUGGAAUCUCCUCCUUGGUGUCCUGCUGGAACUUCUUAUACAGUACUCUGGGUGCAGGGAGUCUCCCACCCAUCUCUCAGGAAGAGGCUCUGCAUAUUCUGGGGUUUCAGCCGCCUUUUGAAGAAAUCAAGUUUGGUCCCUUUACUGGCAACGCUACUCUGAUGCGGUGGUUCAGACAAAUCAACGACAACUUCCGAGUGCGAGGUUGCUCUUAUAUUCUGUACAAACCGCAUGGAAAACACAAGACGGCCGGAGAAACGGCGGAAGGAGCGCUGUUGAAGCUGACACAAGGGCUGAAGGACGAGUCUAUGGCCUACAUUUACCACUGUCAGAACCACUACUUCUGCCCCGUGGGAUUUGAAGCCACGCCCCUCAAGGCGGCAAAGGCUUACAGGGGUCCUCUGCCCACAAACGAAAUGGAACACUGGAUUUUAAUAGGUGAACCCAGCAGGAAGCAUCCGGCCAUUCACUGCAAAAAAUGGCUGGACAUCGUGACUGAUCUCAACACGCAGAACCCAGAAUACCUGGACAUUCGCCACACAGAGAGGGGGAUUCAGCGCCGCAAAACCAAAAAGGUGGGUGGCAAUCUGCACUGCAUCAUGGCCUUCCAGAGGGUGAACUGGCAGAAGCUCGGCCCCUGGGCGCUAAAUCUGGAGAACCUGCGGCACGACUUCCACCACCCGGGCGCGGAGCGGGCCGACGGAAGCGCCGCAGACGACGCGGAGGAGAGGGUCUCGUCCAAGCGGCUGGCCCAGCUGGGACGCUCGCACAGCAUGGGCAGUCAGAAGGACACCAGCUGGAAACGCCUGUCCAACACUGCUGAGUACAGACAAAGGAGCUCCCCUGACAGCGACCUGGAAGAAGACAUUACAGACUGAAGAGGUUGAUGUGGGGACGUACGGGAGGAGGUUUAAAUAACCGGUACAGAAAACACUAAAACCAACGAUUUGUGGUUGUUUGUUAAAUACAGCAUUCAUUAGGGACUAUUUUUAGCUGCAGAUUUUAUACAUUCGGUGCUUUAGAGAGUACCAGCAGCAGGGUGGUGUAGAUGGGAUCUGAAUAAGCUACAGCGCUUAUGUUUAUUGAAACACAGGAACAUGUAAGCCGGUGUGACAGUGGCCGUAUUCACACCUUUGAUUAACAUCUGGUCACAAGUGUAAAAUACAGGUGUAAACGCACCCAGGACGCAUUGAGGAGGCAUGUGAGUUAUUUAAAGUCAGACCACUUUAGGAGGUGGUAUGAGUCGCAUUUAACCACGUUCCCUUGAAAGUGUGAACAAUUAAUGCAUCCUGGCUCCCAUUAUUUUAUUUUUUAUUCCCUUUAUAUUAUAAAGGAAAAGCAGCGUCAAUUCAUCAGCUAUGAAAUAUUUAAAAUAUUCUAUCAUGUCUACAUGUCUAUAAAACUAGCAAGGAACCUGCGUAAGCGUGCCGCAUAAAAUUACUUUACCACGUGGGAGUGAGGGCAGCUGUUACAACCCGGCUCGAGAGGCGCAACAUAAAGGUGAAGACACAUGGAUGGAAAGUAAGGAUUUAUUUCAUUAAAAAGAAAACAGGUGAAACAACAGGUGCUGCAGCUGAAAAACGAUCCCGCUCGACCUCUUCAACGAGGCCCUUUGAGUCUUCUCAGGUGUGGCUGGUUAAGGUGAUUGAGCACAGGCCGAACAGAGGGGCAUAACAGCAGCUUUAAGCCAUCGCUGUGUCCAUGUUGAGGAUGUUUCAAGGAACUAAAAAUGUUCCUCCAUCCUGUGGUAAUCUCUAUAUCCUCCAAAGUGUCACAACAGUAAAAAAAAAAAAAAUGACGACAAAAGUCUAACGUAGACCUGCUCGUUGUGCAUCACCAGCUCAAGUUCCCGUCUGACAUCUUCCUCCGCAUAAGUGCUCAGCAAAGCCUCGACACUGGCACAAAUAACACACACACAAAAUGACCUCUUUUGCAGCUGCGGGUUUUAAGAUAAUGUUUGUAUAACUCUACAGUAGUUGACCGAUCAGAACGUUCAGUUCAAUACUCUGAAACAAUCACUGCAGGACUUUUAGGCCAUGGUUCUUCUAGUGGAGACAGAGAUCAGAUGUUCUUUUGUUUGCUGUAAUCGUUCUUCUUUUCGUACUGGAUACUGUUUCCAGUCAGUAAGUGGACAAAAUCAAGUCCUUGUACAAAAACAAUAACGUGGUUUAUCAUAAUGUGAUGUUAGAGAAGUGCAACUCAGUUAAAUCGGUGUGUCUUUCAAACUUGCAUUUUUUUAGUGAGUAGUAAGCAGUGUCUAUCAGGGCAUCAUAGGGAGGAAGUUUGUUCUAAAAUGACUUCAGCUUUAAAAGCUGUCUGGUUCAUUGUUAGCUGUUAGCCAACCUGUUAGCUUUGGUUAAGCUGGUAUGUGCAGUGUUUAAAGCUUAACGUUGGGCAUGAACAAAAGGCGGCAAGCAAAGUGAUUUUCAUACUGCACCUGACCCUUUACGUGAAAUCUGUGAUUUAAGGCUGAAGACUUGCAGACGCUCAGAUUGAGCUGCUGGCUAAUGCAUUAGUUGCAAAGUUAGGCAAAUUUAUCAUAUGUUGGAAAGAAAAAGCUUCCUAACUUGUAGCCAGCACAAGAAAUAGACUAACAAAGUUUAUGAAAUGUUUUUUUUUUUCUUAACAGCACAUCAAACCACGGCCUCGAACAUGAACACUGAGUUGUGUCAACACUUGUUGCAGUUCUAAAAACGGUAUAAGUUCAUUAGAAGUGUUAUGAUUUUGUCCGUCCUUGUGUAUAUAAACCAGUGAAGAAGGAUUAUAUGUUACUACAUGUUAGAGCCACGCUACAGGUUUACGUUCAUUUUAUCCUCAUGCCCGUAGGGUGCACAUAUUUAUGUGUAUAUUUCAUUACAGUUCCGUCACAUCAUCCUGAACUCGAUGCAGUGUUGCUGUUCAUUCGGUUCAGAGUUGACACGGCUCCAUAACUCAUUGUGCAGGUACCGUUAGUGGGCUUGUUCAGUGGUCAGUUCGGUCCGGUCCGUGUUGUGAAAGCGACCGGUACUUUGUUGUGCUUUGUAAAACCUCCAGUGACACUGUUGUGUAGAUGAUCCUGUCGUGUUUAAAAGGUGAGAGCUGUACAGAAGUGAGAACGUGAAGAACGCCAACCCCAGAAAGUGAAGACUGCAUGGUUUAUUUUCAUGUUUAUGUACAGACACAAGGUGUUCUCCCUCUGCUUUAGGUUGCAUCAUUGUGGUGCCAUUUGUCUUUGACCCAACGCAGUUGGGAUUGUGCACUCCAGUGGGUUUGAUGUAGUGGUUUGGUUAUUUAUUUCUUUUACAAUAAAAUAAGUUUGUUUUUUUUAUAAA